AAUUAAUUUCUUCCAAAACAGAUUACACUCGCACUAACACAAGAUGACACACGUUUUAAAAUGCUAAAUCGCCCCAUCCCUCGGACGCUGUAAAACAGUACGGUACGACGGUUAUAAACUUCAUAUUCAGUAUUGAAAGAUACAAAAUUUGCAAACCCAAUUGAUUAUGAUCCUCAAACAAACCCUACAAUGCAAAGAUCAGCACCUGCUGGUAAUCUCAAGAACACUGCACCAUCAUCAUCAUCGCCACCAGGUUGCGCUGCAUGCAAACAUCAACGUAGAAAAUGUCCCCCAGAUUGCAUUCUUGCACCACAUUUUCCUGGAAAUGGACCACCCAAAGAUUUUGAGAAUGCACAUAAACUGUUUGGUGUAAGUAACAUGGUGCAAGCCCUCAAGAAGAUACCUGAUCUUAAUCUGAGAAAUGAGGCUGCUAAAAGUAUGGUUUAUCAGGCUAAUGCUAGAGCCAGAUAUCCUGUUGGGGGUUGUCGAAGUGUUCUUGAUCAACUGCAAAAUGAAAUUACGAAAUCUGAAAUGGAACUUCAAUCUCUUACGACUCAGAUUGCGCAUUAUGGCUUGGAAAAUCAAGAACUGGCGCAACAUCAGGAAACUAGUAGCCAUUUAUUUGCUACUAGUGGUUUGAGAAUUGCUUCGACUUCUUCACGAGAAAGCGUAUCGGAUUUCCUUGGUGGGUCUGAUGAAAGAAACAAAACUGUUUCUUUGGAAUUUCAAGAUCCUACAAAUUACAGUAAAAAAACCGGUGAAUGAAGAAGAUCAGAAACUAACCAGUUGGAGAUGAGCAGGAUGACUAUCUGAAGGAUGAUGCUUCUUCACAAUGUACUCAGAAAAAUGGUAAAGAAUCCAUAUCCUAGUCUACAGCAGAAAUUUCUAUAAAAACACACUAAGAUUUCACAUAUAGCUAGAUGAUCUAGUUCUGUAUAGAAGUUGUGCAUUCAUCAUCUGAUACAUAUUACAAAACUUGUUUCAUUCUUUGAGGUUAUAUAGCUUUCAAACAAUAAUGCUGUGUAAAUACAUUUCUUUGAUUGGGUUCUGAAAUGAAUCAAACUCAUACUAUAUACUUGAGCCUUAAUUCAUA